AUGUCUGGAAUUAUGGAUAAAACCAAGGAUGCUGUGAGCAACGCCGCUGAGGCGGUGAAGGACAAGUUCCAAGAGCUCACUGGCACCACACCAGCCGAUCGAGCCGAGGACAACGCGAAGGCUGCCUGGGAACAGACGAAGGACGAAGCCCGUGACAAGAAAGAACAAGCCCAGGAUUGGGCUAGCGAGAAGUUGCACAGGGCUGGAAGAAAAGUCGAUGAACAC